UAAAAAUUUUUACUUGUCCAGGUAAUAGACCACUAUGAAAAUCCCCGCAAUGUGGGUUCCAUGGACAAGAAUGACACUACUGUUGGAACAGGCCUGGUGGGAGCCCCAGCCUGUGGUGAUGUCAUGAAGCUUCAGAUCAAGGUGGAUGUUGAUGGGAUGAUAACUGAAGCCAAAUUCAAAACAUUUGGAUGUGGCUCAGCAAUUGCCUCAUCAUCUCUUGCAACAGAAUGGGUUAAAGGCAAAACAGUGGAUGAAGCUCUGAGGAUCAAAAAUGUUGACAUUGCCAAAGAAUUGAAUUUGCCUCCUGUCAAGCUACACUGUUCUAGUAAGUUUCUAUACAGUACAGGUUGUCCCUCUCUAGUCCGGCAACCUCGGGACCUGACCGGUGCCGGACCAUGGAAAUUCACCCUUUUCCUGGAUAGAUAG